CGUAAGCUGGGUACGGAAGAAGGGUGUACGCCUACUGGAGACGAGUAGAGAGAGGGGCGCGUGUAGGAAGGAGUAUACGCGACACUCCAAAUAACCGGUGAAGAUGUAUCUGACGAUGGGACCAGCGGGGGGUGGAGGACAAGGCAUCGCGAAUGGUCAGCAACUAAGUAGUGGACAGGCCUAUGGAGGUACAACCGGUUACACGGGAGGAGGAGGGAGAAUGGGAGGAGGUAAUAACGCUUGCUAUAACUGCGGUAAGGUCGGUCACAUAGCGCGCGACUGCUGGUCGAGGCAAGGGCGGAGCAUGGGAGGACCACAAGGAGACCCUGAGCUUGAGGAGAUCAAGGAACAGUUUAGGCUGGCUCGAAAAGAGAGACUGGAACAGGAGAAGAAGAGGAAAAAGGAAGAAGAGAAGAGAAUUAGGGAGGAGGAGACCAGGAGAAACCUGGACUUCGCAAGAAAAGUUGAGGAGUUUAAGCUGCAGCUGCGCGCAGAACUACUGGAGGAAUGGAGGAAGAACUAUGCAGAAGCGGAGAAAGUUACGGGGAAGAUCGGGAAAUCGGCGAAGAAGGCAAAAAAGAAAAAGGAGAGAGACCAAACAGAGUACGGCAGACUGAAGAGGAGAAGGGCACGAAGGAAUAGGAAGCGCGGAGAUUCCUGUGAGGAUUCGGGAUCAUCAUGCUCGACUGAUGACGACAUGUCAGAUGAUACAUCAUUGGAAUCCGGAUCGGGUGGGAAGCACGCACGCACCAAGACGUACGUUAGACGAGGGACCGGGAACAUAAAGACCAAGGCUAGAACUAAGAGCAACAUGGGAAAGGGAAGGGCUGAGGAGGUGCACACACCAGUAAGGAUUUAUGAGAGGGGUGAGAGUUCGAAGGCACGGAAAGAGCCACAGGCGGAGGAAGAGGAGUGUCUGGGGACGAGAGCUGCCGAUGGGGCCGAGCCUAGGACACCCUUGACAGGGGGUUAUAAGGGACUGGCGGCAGGAUGUUCUCAGAAGGGCUUGAUAGAGUACUGUAUAUUGGCCCACAAGAUCUUCUCUGCGAAGAAGGCGGACACACUUAGGAAGAUCUGCGAGCAGAAGGGGAUCAAGUAUACCAAGAAACCGGAGAUUGUGGAGAUUCUAGCAAGACAUCAGGUGCAGCUUGCUUACAACGGCUUCGAUGAGACGCACGUCAAUGCGAACGGCACUAUGAAGACGAAGGCAUCAGGGUCACCUAGGAAAGAUUUCGUGAAGGACAGGACAACGAUGGAGAAACCAGCUAAGAGGCAGGAACCUACUAUUAUUCGAUCGGCUCCAGUGCAGCCGACUGAGGACUCGAACUGAAGGUUAAGAACACCAUCUAACACAG